AGACAAACCGAAGGUGGCUACCGGAGCGAUAUCCGCUAAGCGAGAAAGGGGGAGGGGCAAUCGAAUUAGCAGCUUUCCGUUUUUGCUGCCGGUAGAUAAAACAGAUAAUCACUCUUAACUUUAAAUUCAAUCCAGAUUUAGCGGCUGGAUGGUACUGGCUCUUUCCCCCAAAAGAUUGAACGCUUGGCUCUCCAAGAUUUCCAUGUUGAUGGUUAAGUUAAUUCCGUGACUUGGGUUUUUGGACAGGGGAAGUACAUGGGAGUUAGGCUCUGGCGAUGUGCAUGUGAAAAGGAGAAAUACUCCCCGCGACCACAGGGCGGGAGGGAGUACACCUGUUGCUUGAGGAUCCGCUAUUUUAUCUUCAGUGCUGGACGCUGGCAGAGAGCGCAACUUAUUAUUGUUAUAUCUUUAAAGUUUUUCUCCUCGAGAUAGCAACGCCAAGAUCAUCGCCCCUGAUUCGAAAAGGAGCAACGAAAUAAUAGAUGUUCGCGAUGAUUGGAGUUUUCAUAUCCAGUGGCCAGUUGGCGUUAAUUUUUAUCAUCAUUUCUGGUUUAAUAACAAGGAUUCUCUCAUUACAAGCCUUCCAGAUAAGAGAAUUAGACGACAGACGAUUAGAAAAGAAUAGAAAUCGAUACACAGGUGAGAUCGGUCCCCCUCCUUUUAUUGCCCGGCCCCCGCCUGGUUACUCCGUCUAUGAUCUCAUUCAAAUUGCUGAAAAUGAACGCGUUGCCUUCUCACCUUACCCGACAAACUUCAAGCCAAAAGUACCUCUUCUACCCCCACCCAAAAGGUCGCCCGCAGACUAUUUAAAGGAAAACAGAGCGCAAUCAAUCUUCACAAAGAGAUCCUGCGAGGAAAUAAGUAGAUGGGAAAAACUCAGUCAGGGAAUGAACUUUCACUCCGAAGAGGUAGACGUCUACGAGGGCCAGUGGUUCUGGGUGACCCGAUGCGUCAGACAGGUAGACCCUGCUCCGGAUGGGUACACAGAGUGUUUCGGGGUAGCUCGGAGUAAUGAAAUCGCCGAUGGAUCGUGCGUCGAGACUAUGGCCUGGGUCCUCGCCUAUUCCAGAUUAAAAUCGGACCCCUUUGGAGAGUAUGAAUGGGACUAUAUCGCCGUCCCUAAUUGUUGUUCGUGUAAAAUCCAGUUAGCCCCAGGAGAACAUGAAGUGCGCUGAUGAGCAAUCUCGUCAUCUCAAUUCCUUUUUUUUCACUUACUUUUUUGGAUAAUUAUUAUUCUUUUCAUUUGGAUUCAAGUUUGAACCAAUCCCGAUGAAAGGACAAUUUUAUAUUAUGGCUACCCUUAAAGAAAAUCAAAUUAUAUUUGUUAUUACUCCAGUUUCUAAGGAAAUAUAGAUCUUACGUACUUAUUUUUUCCGAUGGUUUAUCUUUCAUAUAACAAAUUGGUGUAAAAAAUUGAAUUUUGCAGUAUUUUUGCAAUAUACGACAAGGACGACGCGAUUGUGUCGAAUGAUUUUGCAUGUACUGUAACUGCGAAUACGCGAGAUACCUGCAUUGCCACUAUCAAGAAUUUAAAACUGUGCAUUAUUUGUUUUACAAAACGGGUCGGUAGUAUGAAUUUGCAGCGGGAAGGUUGUUCGAAUCCCUCCAAAUUUUCGCGGAUUGUACAGAUGAAGAGGUCACACACCGUUUUCUGUUAGGAUUCACAGGCGUAUCAAGUAAGCGCGCCUAGGUAAGCGCCGACAUAUUCAAAAUAUUUUUCCUUUGACGGGAUGCGUAUGUCAGCUGUCGGCUCAGUUUCAUUUCAUGCGCUAUGGGUAAAGAGAUUUACCAAAAAUGCACAGUAUUGCACGAAUAAUGCAUGGCUAGAAGGUUGCGUAGAAUUAAUAUAUAAACACGUGAACUGCAUACGCACUCACUAUUGGCUACCUCCGUAAAGGGAUGGUCCAGGCUGGAGAUAUUUAUAUAUCAAUGAAAGGAGUAAAAUUCACAAAGCAAUAUG